AUGCCCUUGUCUGUGCCAGUCGCAACGCGUUCUAUAGAUCCGCCUUCGGUGGGUAGGAACAACUACCAGCCGUUUGGCUUUCGCGAAGAGGUCUUACCCAAAGGAUGGAGCCAGAACGGAUCGCGUCCACUACCUUGUGAUAUCCAUGCCUCGCACGACGUCAAAAUCAAAGUUCGUGACGGUUGCAACUUAUACUGCGACAUCUACCGACCGGUCGAUUCAACAGAGCCCGUGGCUGCAAUCCUAGCCUGGAGUCCAUUUGGGAAGAAGUACAAUGGGAUUACCAUGUUAAAGAACCUUCCAUGGAAUCUUGGAAUUCCCGAUGGAGUUCUGAGCGGUCUAGAGAAGUUCGAAGGACCCGAUCCUGCCGAGUUUGUUCCUCGUGGAUUCGCUAUUGUCAAUGUGGAUGCUCGGGGUUCCGGCGAUUCUGAAGGGAUUGUUGGGAUUAUGGGGUCACAGGAGGCCGAGGAUGGAUAUGAUGUGAUCGAAGCAAUUGCCAAAAUGCCGUGGUGUAAUGGGAAUAUUGGCUUGGCUGGGAACUCGCACUUGGCUAUUGUCCAGUGGUUCAUUGCUGCAUUGCAACCACCUUCCCUUAAAGCCAUUGCUCCAUGGGAAGCCUGCGGUGAUCUUUACAGGGAACAGUUUGUCCGAGGCGGUAUAUUCGACGCGGGCUUGUUUGACUUCAUCAUCGACCACAAUAUUCAGGGUCACGGAGGCGUGGAGGACUUUCACGAGAUGUACCGUCGCCAUUCUCGAGCCGAUUCGCUGUAUUGGAAGGACAAACGUGCGGACAUCGCGAAAAUCCAAAUCCCAGCAUACAUUACAGCAUCAUAUACCAGCUUUGUGCACACCAUGGGAUCUAUACGAGGGUGGCUCCAGGUUGCAACCUCUGAGAAAUGGCUUCGCCUGUGCCCUUGGCAGGAAUGGUACGAUAUCUGGAACUGCAAGGACUCAACCGAUGAACUUGCAACAUUUUUCGACUACUACUUGAACGGCAAGCAGAAUGGGUGGGAGACCACACCCAAAGUCCGUACCACAAUUCUUCGAUUCAAUCAGGAUCCCUUGUACAAUAUCGCCGAGAACGACUACCCGAUACCGCGCACCGAUUACAAGAAAGUGUAUUUUCACAACGACGGUCGUCUGGGCUUCGAAACUCCUUCGUCUGCGGCAUCGGUUUCCUAUCAAGCUGAAAAAUACCAGGACUGUGCCGCAUUCACCUACACAUUCCCCAACAAGACACGAUUGGCGGGAAUCCCAAAGGCAGUCCUGUUCAUGUCUUGCCCGGAUUUCCACGAUAUGGAUGUCUACGUCCUGCUGCGCAAGCUAGAUGUACAAGGGAAGGCCCUACUAAACCUCAAUAUUCCCUGGUCAAGCAUUGCUCAGCAUGGAGUCACCCCAGAGACGCUUGACAAGGUACCGCGACGUAACAUGAAUAAUCUCAUGUUCCAUGUUGGAUCGCUGGGAAUCCUGCGAGCGUCGCGUCGAGCAAUCGAUGAGUCGAAAUCGAUCCACGAAAACUACCCCUUCCAUACCCACGAUCGCGACGAGUAUAUUGUCCCUGGAGAGGUUGUUCGAUUGGAGAUCGGGAUCUGGGCCAUGGGGGUAGAGUACGAGGCUGGGGAAAGUAUCCAGAUCGAGAUCCAUGGCAACAGUCCACUGCUUCGUGGGGAGUUCAAGGAUGACAAUGAAUUUUCGGGUGCUGCAUCGCAUGGGAAGCAUAUUGUUCAUUUUGGAGGAGAUUAUGCGUCACAUGUCAUACUGCCUUUUGUUUAA